UUUGUCGUUUUCAAACGUACAAAGUUUGUCAACGUUUCUAAAGAUAAACAUUUUAUCGCAUAUCUACCUCUUAAACAAGUAAACAUGGCGGAUGAAUAUAUGUAAUUAAAGUUGAUCAAUGUUUACGGUAGAGCGAUCGGAUACACGACUUUACUGACAGUGUAAUAGUCACACAGAGACAUUACACAAAUAGAUAAACUUAAAAGCAUGUAUCGGAUAAAUAUUCAGUUUACUUAGUGAUUGUCGAUUUAAUAUGGGACAAUUUUCGCAGCUUGUCUAAAUAUUUUUGUUGUUUAACAUGGACAUAAUGCAUUGGAUUUUAUUAUUUUGUGUCGUCUGCUAUUUACCAUGCUAUCAGACUUUGUCGCCUUUUGACGGACGACAUCAAUAUGCAAAGUGCGAACGUAUUGAAAUUCCAAUGUGUAUGGAUAUGAAAUAUAACUGGACACGGAUGCCAAACUUAGUCGGACAUUCAAAUCAAAAAGAUGCUGCGAUCCAAGUCCACGAAUUCACACCGUUAGUACGGUAUGGGUGUUCCAGACUUUUGCGAUUUUUUCUAUGUUCGUUGUAUGCCCCAAUGUGUACUGAAAUGGGGGGCGAGACGAUGAUUAUUCCAGUUUGCCGCUCUAUGUGCCUGGAAGUGCGGCAAAAAUGUGAGCCAAUCCUUAGCCGUUUUAAUUUUGAAUGGCCAAAAAUUCUAGACUGUUCUAAACUUCCACAAAAAAGUGAUCCGAAACCGAAUAAUUUGUGUAUGGAAGCACCAAAUGUAACACAUGAAACGGAAUUGGAUCCUCAGAUAUUCGAUCCACUCAACAAAAAAGAUAAAAAGUGGCAAGAAUUGGUAAACAAAAUCCGUCCUUUAUCAAAUGACAAUUCAGAAAAACAUAAUAUUCACAAACCUAUGAAAUGUUCGGAUAGAUUUUAUUUAUGGGAUAAAUCUGAUCAUAAUGAUACAUGCGUUCCAAGAUGUAACAUGGAUGUUUUAUUCCGCCAAGAGGAUAAAGAUUUUGCCGAAAUAUGGAUGAUAGUGUGGGCCUCCGCCUGUUGUUUGUCCACAGUCAUCACGUUUCUGACGUUCGUUAUUGAUACAACCCGAUUCAAAUAUCCCGAAAGGCCUAUUAUAUUCUUAUCAGUGUGCUAUGCAAUUUAUUCCAUGGCGUUUAUGAUCCGUGCCAUAAUAGGACCUAAUGCAAUAUCAUGUGACAAAGGACACGAUGGAUCAGAGUUUUUAAUCCAAGAGGGGUUGGAAAGUACUUGGUGCAUUAUAGUCUUCUUGAUAAUGUACUUCUUUGGAAUGGCUAGUCAAUUAUGGUGGGUGAUUUUAACAUUGACAUGGUUUUUGGCAGCAGGGCGGAAGUGGGGCCAGGAGGCCAUCGAGUCCUUAAGUAGUUACUUCCACCUAGCCGCAUGGGCUAUACCAGCCAUCAAAACUAUUAUUAUUUUAACAAUGCGCCGGGUUGAUGGCGAUGAACUUACAGGUCUAUGUUUUGUAGGCAAUCAAGACAUUUCUGCAUUAACAGGUUUUGUCCUGAUACCUUUAAUUUUAUACCUACUGCUGGGUACAUUUUUCAUAUUAGCAGGCUUUGUAGCAUUGUUCCGUAUUAGAAACAAUUUAAAACAAGACGGAACAAAUAUUCGUAAAUUAGAAAAAUUGAUGGCUAAAAUUGGUGUAUUUGCUGUGUUAUAUACUGUCCCAGCCACUUGUGUGAUAGGCUGUUAUUUCUAUGAACGUGUGAACUUUCAGACUAUGCGAAACGCUGCCGAGUCGUUGCCUUGUCGGACUGGAGAUAAAGGCACUUUAGACUGCAGUUUGGACAAAUCAUUUCCAAGCGUGGAAGUAUAUAUGUUAAAGAUAUUCAUGUCAUUGGUAGUUGGCAUAACUAGUGGUAUGUGGAUAUGGAGUAAUAAAACUGUGAGUUCUUGGAAAAAAUUCUGUACGAAUAGAUUUACUAGGAAAAAAUAUGGAGGCAAUGUGACUUACCAACAAGCGCCAGUCGUUGUCGUAAAAUCUCAUAAAUGUGUUCCAAAAACUUCGGGUUCAAGAGUGUAGCCUCAUGCUAGUACAAUGAUAGUUAUAUUGUGUAAGUUAUACAGGUUAAUUGCAUUGGUUCAAUAAGCUUUAUAUCGGGUCAUUCUGUACACAUUUUCUAAAUGUACAGUGUAAAAGUGCAAUUUUCACAUUGUUCAGAAUUAUAUAUAUUUUGUACACAAAUACCUAAGAAGAAGGUUUUCACCUUUUUUUUUUUGAUUAAGAAACGUUUUUUCAAUAUUUUUUUUCAUGCGAGGUUUCAUUUUUUAUCAAUUUGUAUCCAGUUGUGUUUAAUAACAAGAUAUAAAUCACUUGCUUAAAUUGGGAAAUGCAUCUACUCGGCUUACUCUUAUUACUUUUUUUUUGUCAAAAUUGAGGUUACCAGUAGCAAACAGGACUGAGUCCUUGUCCAUGGUACCCAUGGAUAUGUAUAGCAUGCGAUUACGUAAUUAACUGCAUUGAUGCACCCACAUGGUAAUCUUCGAUAAUAUAAAUUAUUCAAAGCAUUUUUCUGAUAAAACACGUUUAUCUAGAUCCAUGAUCAUUAAAACAAUUUGUUAUAUAUAGUAGAGUAAAAAAUUCAACACAAAUUUGAAUAAAAGUACGUCAAUUUGAAAGCAAUAACUGAAAAAGCAUCAACACAUAUAUAGUCCUCAUGUAAGAGAAGUCAACUGUUGGCAGCAAUAUAAAAAGCUCUAAAUCAACCAGGUCCAUCAAAUAAAAGUUGUGAAUACAUUUAUCCACAACCAUCAAAGAUCUAUCACCAAUACCAAAGCCUCAAAAUAUAAAUGCAUAAAAUUCAUUUAGAUAUUCCACAGCAGAUAACUAAGUAAAUUCACCCUUCUUGUUAUAAAUCAGAUAGGGUACAUGCAUGUAAGAGGUGUUAUAAUUCAUCAGCCCUGCUGUCAAUCCUUACUGGCAAACUGACAAUGACCACCAACAAUUUGGAGUGUUUCAUGACAUACAUAUCUACAGAAAAAGAGACUCGGGGACUGUCAACAUGAUCAAACUCAAAAUAAAUUACAGCACCUCACAGCAUGUACUUAUUUUAAAUCUUCUCCGUGUGUCACUAUAGAUUUGUUCGUUUCAUAAAUUUUGAAAAACGAGGUAAAUUGUAUCGAAUUCAUAUUUCAUAUUCACAAUGUUCCAUUAACUAAAGUUAACUUACAAUUGGGUAAAACAUGUAGUGUUCAUGAAAUAAAAAUUUUGUUUUAAGUUUUUAAUAUAAUCUUAAUUUUUUCUGUCGUUUAAAAGUUGAACAAAAAUUCACAAGUAAAAUAUUUGCAUGACGUUUAACAUGUGUAACGUUAGUCAAUUUUUUAGCCUUCAUCUUUUUAUUUAAGGGUAACUGUAUUUAGGGGAAAUGUCCAUAAGACAGCAAGCCAACGUCUCAAACUUUUAUUAUUGCUUUCAUUAUUGUUCGUUACCCCACAAUUUGUUACCUUUAUAACAUCAAAUCUCGUAAUUAAAAACCAUAAACAUACAGUUUAAAGGAUAAUUUAAAAAGUCUGUUCUGACACAAGAUCUUAUUGCAAAGCUCUGAUAAUUGAAGGGUUUAGAGAAGUUUGUUAUGAUCUGAUGUGAUAUCGUUUUACACAACCCUAUCCAGUUCUUUUAACUAUAGGAAACUUUUGAUAUUCGAACUACUAAAUUGCUAUUGUUAACUUUAACAAAUACGGAAAGCUUAAAUCGAAACUUCUCAACUGGAGCUAAUAACUGAAAUUAUAGGGCAGCCAUUAAAGGCAGAUAUGCACUUUGGUUUUUAUGCUGUAUAUGUUUAUAUAGAGUAGUUUAUUGUUCAUUCAUGUGUGAAAUUGUUGAUUAUAAUGACAGAGAGCCAUGACUUUAUGACUUAAUUUUAUGUUAUUUGUGUUGAAAUACGUGCCACGUGGAGAUUCUUAUUAAAGUUUAUUUAUAAAAAAUA